CUUGUAAUUGUCGGCCUUUGUGAUAACAAAAACAACCAAAGUCAUUUUUCUAUUGGUUAGUAGUACUUGAAACCAUGUUCAUUCUCCUGUUUUUCUACGUUAUUGUGUGUUUUUUACUAAUUUUAUUGUGGCAAAAAAGACGACUUUUGUCCUACAGCUGGAGUAUUGACGGGCCACUCUCUAUCCCGGUUUUCGGAAACCCUUUUAUAAUUUUUGGAGAUGUUUUAAAUAAAAUGUUAUUUCACUCUCGCAAGUAUCAACCCAUUUGUAAAUUUUGGGUUGCUGGAAAGUUAAUUUUCUGGGUUUCACGCCCCAAAUACGUCGAAAUUAUUUUAAAUAAAUGUCUAGAAAAGGAGGAGAGUUAUAAAUUUUUGGAAAUCGUGCUGGGCCCUGGCUUAUUCACCAAUCCAGUCAAUAAAUGGAAGAAACAUCGUCAAGUGAUUGAAUCAAUCCUCGAUGAAGGUCUAAUUGGGAAUUUUACUCAAGUCCUGAAUGACUAUUCUGAUAUUUUACUAAAAAAAUUGGAAGGCAAGUUUGAGGACCAAUACGUCGACAUAUUGCCGAUUGUGACUCAAUUUAGUUUAGAUAUUCUGUUCAGUACUAUUCUGGGAACGAAAGUGAACGCUCUUAAUGAAGAAACCAAAAUUGUUGUAGGAGUCAGGGAUCUUAUUGAUUCGAUAAUUGCACGUUGUUUUAACGUAAUGUUACGACCAAACUGUUUUUGGAAAUGUUUGUACCUAUCUCACAAAUCGGAAGAACUGGAUAGAAGAAUAAAUCAAUAUUUUAAAACUGUUCUCAAAAAUAAAAGAUGUAAAGGAUUUGGAAGUAGUAAAAGUAGAAAGGUUUUUAUGGACUUUUUGUUGGAUAUAACAGACGAAAAUUGGACUGAUGAUGAGCUAUUGGCCGAAAUACGUACCCUUAUUAUCACCGGAGCUGAUGCUUUAGCUACAUCAACGUCUUUUUGCCUAGUCAUGCUAGCAAUGCAUCCUGAGAUUCAAGGCCAAGUCUACAAGGAAAUUGGUACUUGUCAAAAUGUGUACCUAGAAUGUGUUAUUAACGAAACUCUAAGGCUUUUUCCUGUUUAUAGUUUUAUAGGGAGAGAACUGGACAUGGAUGUGGUUUUAGGGAAGCGCACUUUGCCAAAAGGCAGUUCUGUGGUAAUACCACUAUUUGACUUACAAAGGAAUCCAAAAUUUUGGCCUCAACCACUCAAAUUCAAGCCUGAUCGAUUUCUAUCUACAAAAAGGGUUUUUUACCCUUUUAGUGUUGGUCCCCGGCAGUGUCUUGGUCGGGAAUUCGCUAUAGCGGCAAUGAAAAUACUGCUUUCGAGACUUCUUCACACUUUUCAAAUAACCGAAACACCCUAUAAAUCCAUUCCUGAUAUAAAGAUACCAACAAAUGUCGUUACAAGAAGUGUUCAAGGCUGCCCAAUCAAAUUACAACAUCGCUAAUUUACUUGCAACAUUGUAAAGUGCAUUAAAAUUCCAGAAAUAUUUUUAGCACCAUUAUUUUAAUUUUAUUGUUACUCAUUAUGUUUCAAACUGCUAAUAAAAUAAAAUUUCUGAG